GCAGGCGCCGGUGCAGGACUAGUGCUUGUCCAACCAACACAUUGAUAACAUGAAGGCUGCUCUGUGCGUCGUCCUCCUGGUCGCGGCCCUUGCGUCGGCUGUCGAGGAGAAGAAGAACGAGAAGCGAGGCUUGCUAGGCCUCGGAUACGGACUAGGAGGCGGCUUCGGGCACGGGUACUACGGGCACGGACUCGGAUUGUACUCGCACAGCGCGCCCAUCGUCAGCCACAGCGCGCCCAUCAUCAGUCACGGGUACGGGUUCGGAGGCUUCGGAGGCUACGGAGGCUACGGUGGAUUAGGCCACGGCUACGGACUGGGGCUGGGUCACGGCGUGAUAGCCUCCGCGCCCGUCGUCUCGCACGGGUACUCUGCCCCCCUGCUCGCCGGCCACUACGGGGCGCCACUGCUCGGGCUCGGCCACGGCCACGGCUGGCAUUGAGCCCUAGCCUAACAUAAGUCUCUGUGAAUGUACCUUUAGUGCCAAAUUACUAAGUCUGCCUGGUGGUUGAAUUGACACAAAAUUAUUUCUUACCAAUAAAUGUUUCUCGUGUGA